CAGAGGAUAAUUUACAUAAAGGGGAAGCCACAAACAAGUGUGUAUGUGACAUGGGAUGGAGCCUCAGCAUCCACCUGCUCCUACAGCUUCCACAGCAUUGAUCAUGGACUCUCAUGAAGUGGUGAAGAACAUCUACCUCCUGGUCAUCGUCACCCUCCUCAGCGUACUUCAGAACGUAUUCUUUGCCCAGAAGGUAGAGAGGGAAUGCAAGAGUCAAAGGUCCCAAGCGUCUACUUUUGAGCGAGUGUCUUGUGCCAAUCGUAACUGCAUGGAUGCCUACCCCACUUUCCUGGCAGUGAUGUGGUGUGCCGGUGUGUGUCUCAAUCAAGCUCCUGCUGCCUUUGCCGGGAUCAUCUACCUUCUAGUCAGGCAGAAGUACUUUAUUGGAUACUUGGGACACACCUCUCAAUGCACCCCGGGCUACCUGUUUGGGAAACGCAUCAUCUCCUUCCUGUCCCUGAUGUGCAUCGUGGGCAUCUUCAACUACCUGCUCCUGCGCUUCUAUGGCAGCGACUAUAAGGAAUACGUACAGACCAUCACCAGCGCUGCAUCUACUCUUCUCCUCAUCCCUUAGUCCAGCGUGUGUCG